UAGAUAAAUAAACCAAAGCCUUCCUCUUCUUCGUCCUCAUCCUCCUCCAACCAUGAGUUCUUAUCACUUACUAUUUUCUCUCAUUCUCGCAAUUUUUGUCGUUAAUUCCUCUGCAAAUCAAGGCACUGCCACAUAUUAUGCCCCUCCAUAUACCCCUUCUGCAUGCUACGGAAAUCAGAAUGAAGGGGUGAUGAUUGCGGGAGCGAGCGAUGUGUUUUGGGACGACCGAGGCGCGUGCGGGAGUUCUUACAAGGUGCGGUGCAUUGGCGCGGCCAACGAUGUGCCCCAUCCAUGCACUGGCGCAGAAGUGGUGGUGAAGAUUGUGGAUUAUUGUCCUCCGCCCUUCUGCAAUGGCACCAUCAAUCUGUCCCAAGACGCCUUUCGUGCCAUUGCUCUGCUCAAAGCUGGCAAGAUAAUGGUCUCCUAUGACAGAGCCUAGCACACGGUUGGGCGAUGUAUCGAACCAAUAAAGGCUCAUCAUAUUCAUACAUAAUAAUUUGCGACUGAAACAAGUUUGGAGGAGCUAUAAUCCAUAUCUUUUGUCUGUUAUUUCCGGCAAAUAUAUUGCUUC